GAUUCACAGGCUCCCACCAUGGAGGAGAAGUUCAACCGACUCAUCUUCAUCCCCAUCGCGGCGGUGCUCUUCCUCAUGAUCGGGUACCAGUACGUGUGCCCGGCGGACUCCAACACCUGCUACUUCAGGAGCGAGGACCAGGGGCGGUUCCAGCGCUACUCGGCCGGGUUCCAGUUGGUUUACCCGGAGCUGGAGGCGGACGAGGACCUGCCCUCGAAGAUCACCGCCAGAUUCAACUUCACGGAGCGACACCUGGACCGACACGUCGACUUCAACAUCCGAGGAGACGACGUGAUGGUGUUCCUCCACAUCCAGAAGACCGGUGGCACCACGUUCGGGCGGCACCUGGUGAAGAACAUCCAGCUGGAGCAGCCCUGCGACUGCAUGCCCGGCCAGAGGAAGUGCACCUGCCACCGGCCCGGGAAGGCCGAGUCGUGGCUCUUCUCCCGGUUCUCCACCGGCUGGAGCUGCGGGCUGCACGCAGACUGGACCGAGCUGACGAGCUGUGUCCCGGUGGUGAUGAACAAGAGGGACAAGAAGAGCGCUCAGAGGAGGAAGAGGAAUUUCUACUACAUCACCAUGCUACGUGACCCCGUGUCCCGCUACCUCAGCGAGUGGAAGCACGUGCAGCGCGGGGCCACUUGGAAAACAGCUCUGCACAUGUGCGAUGGCCGUGCGCCCACUCAGGAGGAGCUCCCUGCGUGCUACAAUGGCGAGGACUGGACCGGCGUGCCCCUGGCAGACUUCAUGAACUGCCCGUCUAACCUCGCCAACAACCGCCAGGUCCGCAUGCUGGCCGACCUCAGCCUGGUGGGCUGCUACAACAUGUCCUCCAUGAGCGAGCUGGAGCGAGGCCACGUGCUGCUCGCCAGCGCCAAGGCCAACCUGCGCAACAUGGCUUUCUACGGCCUGACGGAGUUCCAGCGCAAGACGCAGUUCCUCUUCGAGCGGACGUUUGGCCUGCGCUUCAUCCGGGCCUUCACGCAGAUCAACAGCACGCGCGCGGCCAGCGUGGGAAUCAGUGAGAAGGUGCGGUGGCGCAUCGAGGGGCUGAACGCCCUCGACAUGGAGCUGUACGAGUACGCCAAGGAGCUGUUCCUGCGGCGCUACCAGUACAACCGCCAGAGGCAGCACCAGGAGGUGCGGCUGAGGAGGAGGCAGGAGAGGCAGCACAGGCAGAAGCUGCACAGGACUUAUCUGGCCGAGCUCUGGAGACUAGGAGGGGGAGGAGGAGGAGGAGAGGAGGAGGAAGACGAGGAGCAGGACGUGGUGAAGGUGCUUGAGAAUGAGGCCACCACGGAGGAUUACAGCAGCCAGGUGGUGCAGUGGUGAGGAGAACACAGAACUAACCCCACCCAGUUGCUGACUGGUCGCUGUCUGACUCAUCGUGCUCCUCCCUCCGUCUCCUUGUCCCGCCUCUGCUGUG